AUGCCCGACCCCGACGACGUCGUGACCCCGUCGGUCUCGGACGAGCCAGGUUCCCCCGGUAGCGUACACACCCCGCCCACCGACAGCGUCGGCACCCCUCAUCCCCCGGGCGUCGACGCCGCCGUCACUGAACUGAGCGAGCUCCAGGAGCAGGCGGCUAGCCCGUCCUCGGCAGGUAAGGCUACUGCGCACCAGCCCCGCCGGUUCCGCUCCGACCUCACUGCCUCUUUCCACCGCGUGAUCUGCGAUGAGGGCCACCGCCUGAAGACCAUCUCCUCACGCCAGCACCAGUCGGUCGCCCUCCUCGACCGGCAGUAUACCUGGUGUCUGACCGCGACCCCCAUGUGGAACCGGGCGUUGGACUACUGCGGCUACCUGGCGUUGCUGUGGAAGGCGGAGUUUACCAUCCCGGCUGAUAGCCCGCAAAAGUUCCCUCCUGGUGUCACGCCCUCCCCGGCUGCCGCGAGCGACCCCCUGGAGCCGUAUACCCAGUGGUCCGCGGUCGAGCAGCUUCCCCUCGAAGGUAAGCCAUACUACUUGCUAGAUCCCCGUGGUCUGGUGGUCCUAGCCCGGCGUGGUAAACUCUCCACUGCGAACGGGUUCCUGGCCCUCCCUAUCGUCCUACGUCUGAGCAGCCUGACCCGUGAGGCCGGCAACCAGAUGAUUGGGCCCCACGGUACUACGAUCGUCAUCGGCGACGACAUCCCGCGCCUUCACAUCUCGACCGUCGAGCUUCGGUACACCCGGUACACCCAGGACAUCCAUAACCGUGUGUUCAACAUCCUCAGUGAAAGCCUUUACGGGCCCCCCAGCGAUACUCCUGCCGCGGCCUCCGCCGCAUCAGCGGACAGCCCUGCUACCAUGAACUGGGCCACCUUCCGGAUGCUCUGCCACCUCUCGGUAUCGCCUAAGCUUGAUCGGUUUUUACGACGCUCGCCCUCCAGCGUCCUCUCCGCAGAGAUCUCUCGAUUCACGGAGCGCGGGGACGAUCAGGGGUUUGGCUUGUUCUGGUCCCGAACCACCGAGGAUCCGUCGGCAUCGGUGCCCACCAACCUCAUCGCCGUGGCCCGCUACCUCGCGCAUCAGAGCCCCCGUCUCCGUUACCUCCUCCAUAUCCUAGUACAGCAAGGCGUCUUCGACUCGGGGAGCUCGCAGCCCCGGUUCCUGAUCUUCUGCCACUGGCCCCUUACCAUAUGGCUGGUCCAAAUGUUUCUCGGCACCCUCCCCCUUGACUUUGUGGUGGUCCGGGCCGGCAUGCCCAACAGUCUGCGCUCAAACGCCAUUGCCCGCUUUAACGACCCUAGCUCGUCCACGCAGGUCCUCGUCACCACCUACAACUGCGGGGCUACCGGCCUCAACAUGCACUCACAAUGCAGCCGUAUCGUCCUGAUGGAGUCAGCUCUCAACCACAACUCCCUGUUCCAGACGAUCGGGCGUAUCCACCGCCUCGGCCAGCGGGAGGAGCAACGGGCGUGGCUGCUGUUCAUGGACCAUACCAUCCAGCGGUAUAUGGAGUUCAACAACACGACCAAGGUGCUUCCACAGAUUGCGGCCCAAUACCGCCCCUUCCUCGAGCGACAGGUCCCCGAGUCUACCGAAGACCGUGACGCGACUAUUGAGCAACUAGCCAACCAACUGCUCAGCCACAUGCUUGGCAUCGGCCCAGACUGCGCAGAUCGGCUGUCGAUGGAAGACUACCAGGACCUUGGGCUGAAAGGCAAGAGUAAAAGCGGGCGACAGUACUCCUUACGCGGCUCCUCUAAGCGCCCAGCGGGCGGUCCUGACCACCCCCCCACGCCCAAGCGGAUCGCCAAGUUCGGCGGGGACGGCGUGGACGAUGAGGGUUACAUGACUAGUUAG